AUGCUUUCUAGCUCAUCAGCUUGGGAGAUAUGGGUAAGCUUUGCUGACCCAGAGCAGGAGAGCUGUGGACAGGCCUCCCGGGGAGCUCUUGUCCUGCUGGACACAGCACCAGCCUUGGUGUCCCUGAUGCACCUUAACUUGGAGAUCAUACUUACAGAAAUUUAUCCCAAAGGCAGAUUUGUGUUACAAAAGUCAAACACACAGGUCACUGUUGGGCCACUGUGCCAGGCUUCUGCUAGUCUUUCACUUACAGGGCAGGCCCUGUUCUGUGCCCAGGCCCUAGCACCUGCCUGUGUCCAGCAUCUAUGUCCAGCAAUGGACAAAUUGGUCCAGUGGAUGCUCCCAUGGGGAACUGGUGCCUCUGAUGACAGCAGAGAUAUUUUUGUGCUCUGUGCCUCCCCCAUUGUACCCCAGCCUACCUCACCUCAAACAGAUGCUGCCAACACCAGCCCCUCCCUGUGCCCCGACUCCUUGAUUUCUCCAGAAAGGCCUAAAAGGAAGCAGGUCAGCUGUUGCCAGGAGCUGAUGCUGGGUGUGUGUGGUUACAUGGGGGGGCAUCAAGAGAAGGUGAAACUGGACUGUGGGAAAGACUGCACACCCCAGAAUGAAGGAAGAAGAGCCAGAGCCCCGACAGGUACAAACCUCCCUGAGAUCCAGUGGAGUCUGGGGACCAUAUCUAGAGGGACCCCAGCAUCUGUUGCCAUUGCUGAGGAUGACCCGAGGGCACAUGAGUGCCUGAGUAUGGACAGGGUGGCCCUGUGGGACUCAGCAGAGCAUAGCAGAGCUGGAGGAGUAGAUAUAGGUCCUGGUCCUCCACCCACAGUGUCCUGUGUCCUCUUUGCCACAACAGGAAUAUUCCCAUCCCUGAACCCUGGAGCAGGAGGGAACGGUUCAUGUCGCAUGGACUCCCUGGUGACCUGUCACCACUUCCACCCUGAGACAGGGAUUGCCCAGCUUAGCUUUCCACAGACCUUCUACUCCUGGGCCAAGGCUGAGACAGCACUCACAGCCGCUCAAAAAGCCCAGGAGGAAGCACGGAUUGCCAGGAUCAGUGCCAAAGAGUUCCCACCUUCCUUCCAGCACAGGGAAAAUGGGCUUGAGUACCAAAGGCCAAGGCACCAGAUGUCCUGCGAUGACAUCGAGGUGCUCUCCACCGGGACACCCCUGCAGCAGGAGAGCCCUGAGCUGUACCACAAGAGCACUACCCCUUCUGACCUGACCCUCGACAACAGCCCCUUGUAGAGCUUUCCCAUCAGCCCCAUGGCCACCCCUCCGCUACCUCCUGCCUCCAGGAACAAGAUGGCCCACUUCUCCAGGCAGGUCUCCGUAGAUGAGCGAAGCGGGGACAUCCAGAUGCUCCUUGAGGGCCGCGGAGGGGACUGCAACAGCUGGGGUGAGGAGAAGGCUGGGGCCUCAAGGGGUGUCCACAGUGGUGCCCUGCGCAGCGGCCAGCCCACUGAGGACUUCCACACCCAGGGCUCGGGCCACAAGCAGCCUGAAAAACCCAAGCCCCGGGAGCGGCGGACGGAGUCCCCCACCACUUUGUCGUGGACUUCUCACCACUGGGCAGGCAAUCCCUGUUCUGAGGUCCCCAAACUGUCAGAGCCAGAUGAGGAGCCGCUGUGCAACUACAAGCUGAAGAUGAAGCCCUUGCUAAGGAUGGGCGCCUGUCCACAGGACACGCACUCCCAGAGAUGGCGUCAUGGUGGGGGUGCUGGGGGCGACCGGCGCUCCGAGGACCAGGGCUUUGGGCUGCAGAAACUGAGGUCUAAGUCUCAAAAUAGGGAGAACCUCACGGCCUAGUGGGCAGAACCCACAGUGCAGAAACUAGAGAGUCUGCGGCUGGGGGACCAGCCCAAGUCCUGUCUGCUGCGUUGGGACUUGACCUUCUCCCCACCCCUGAAGUCCCUGCCUGUUACACUCGAGUCUGAUGAGGAGACAGGGGACGAGCUCAAGUCCAGUACUGGCUCAGCUCCCAUCUUGGUCAUCAUGGUAAUCCUGCUCAACAUUGGAGUCGCCAUUUUGUUUAUCAAUUUUUUCAUCUGA